GUAGUGGACUAGUGGUGUCCGCUUUCAAUGCAAAAUCCUCAAUUUGGUUUCGGCUUCUCCGAUGCAUUAGCAUGUCUUCUCGAACUGAAAGUCUGGGACUUUCCCCUCUACCUUCCGCUAAAUGUUUGCGUUGACUUCAUAUCUUUGCGUCUACGGCCAUAUGAACUAGCGAUUAAGCAAUCUAUUCUCGCUCUCUCUCUUCCCACUGGACGCAUUCACUGAAAUCCCCAACAUUUGGAUACUAGAUUAAGCGUUUGUAACGAGAAGAUGGAUCGUGUCAGCAAUCUACCAGAGGAGGUUCGUUGUCAUAUCUUGUCCUUCCUUCCCACCAAGCACGCUGCUUUGACUUCGGUUCUCUCCAAGAGCUGGCUCAAUCUGUGGAAAUUUGAAACUAAUCUUGACAUUGAUGACUCUGAUUUUCUUCAUCCGGAAGAGGGCAAAGCGGAAAGGGAUGAAAUUCGACAGAGCUUCGUGGAAUUCGUGGACGGAGUACUGGCUUUGCAGGGUGAUUCUCCCAUUGAGAAAUUCUCCCUCAAGUGUAUAACUGGUAUUCAUCCAGAUCAUGUGAAUCGUUGGAUAUGUAAUGUGCUGCAGCGUGGUGUUUCGGAUCUUUAUCUUUUCACUGAUUUUUCUGAUGAGGAUACCGAAGAGGAUGGUGGUUAUAGGCUACCUCAAGAGAUGUUCGUCAGUAGAACACUGGUUAAGCUGAAAUUAAGAAGUGAACACUGUGUUAAUUGGUGGCAUUGGGAUAUUGGCGCUUCCUUACCAAAUCUUAAAAGUCUUAAUAUUGACUCGGACUUGAUUUUCUUUGGUGAGAUGGAGAAAUUUCUUUCUUCUUUCCCUGUGCUUGAGGAAGUACACAUGGCUAAUAUGGAGUGGAGAGAAUUAGAUGAAACCAUGUCAAGUGCAAGCCUCACGAAGCUAAGUAUCCACGGCACCGGUGUUGAAGAGUUUGAACAUCCAAAGAGCAUUUCUAUUGAUACUCCAAAUCUGCUUUACUUAAACUAUUCUGAUUUAGUUGCGGAGGAUUAUCCAUUAGAUGAUGAGGGUGAUGUUGUUCUCCAAUUUUGCAAUGUGGUGAAGCUCAUUAACGGCAUACAAAAUAUUCAGACACUUUACUUAACUGAAGAUACUCUUGAGGUUCUUACUAUGUGCUGUGAAUCAAUGCCUGUGUUCAACAACCUCAAAACCUUAGGACUUAAAAGUGAUGAGGGUCGCGGUUGGCAGGCAGUGCCAGCUCUUCUGAGAAACUGUCCACAUCUAGAAUUUCUAAUCAUUGAGGGUCUCUUACACUCUGUGACAGAUAAAUGCGGGGAUGCUUGUGACUGCAUUUCGCGGGAAGACAAAGGUCGUUCGCUCAUAUCUUGUCCAGUGAAGAAGUUAGAGGUUAGAGGGUUUCGUGGAACAAUUCGAGAGAAAGAGAUGAUAAGGCAUUUCUUGGAGUAUUUCCCGUGUUUGGAUGAGAUGGAGAUAGAUGCCGAAGAGAAUGAUUCUACAAACUUUGAAGUGCCUAGAAUUUUAAAAGUUGUCGCGUAUAGGCUCCACGAUGUGGUCUCGACAGAGAUAGUUGGACAUUGGCAGAGUUCGGCACAAUCUGGGGGUUGGUCCCAGACCCAGAUGGAUGAGAUGUACUAUGAGUUGGCUCCCCGCAAUAAAGAGCGUAUCUACGAUAUGUUCUUCUUCAUGCGUAGAGCUUCUUCCACGGUACCUCCUCCUCCGCCACAAGAGAUGUCUCAAGACUACCUUCAGAUGCAACUUGAAGUUGCGGAUCUUAAGGAGAGGCAACGAGACCAGGAAGCCAAGCUUGCGGAUCUUAAGGAGAGGCUACGGGCUAUGUUAGAUAUGAUUGUUGACCAGAACCCAAUUAUAGCCUCAGCGUUGAGGGCUAGAGAGGCAACUAACUCAGAGCGAGAAAAGGCGUCGAGUGGUCAGGAGAUGACCGAGAAGGAGCGGGACUAUGAUGCUCUGUUCGAUAUCAUUGUCGAGCAGAACCCAAUGCUAGCAUCGGCAGUUAGAGCUCUGCGUGCAACCGACUCAGAGCGUGCUGAGACAUCCAGUAAUCAGGAGAUGACCGAGCUCGGCCAAGCUACGGCAACAUAUUUUCCCCCACGAGAAGGAGAAUAGAUCUGUGAUUGUUUUCUUAAUGCUUUCCAAUUUGGUUCGGUUUGUGUUUAUUUAGUUGGAAUUCCAGUUCAAAAUCCUGAAGCGAAGCAGCUUGUAAAUUUGGAUCUUCAUAUCUUCCCUACUCUCUCGACGUUGCAUCUGUACACGGUAGGUGCGGAAGCUAACUGUUCUCUUCUGUCUCUGCUGAUUUUAUACUCCUUUGAAGGUAUCUUAUAUC